AUGGCUGACGACCACAGUGGCACCGAAUCUCAUGUGACGGUUCAAAGACGAACUCACUACUCUCCACCAUGGGCAGAUGUCAGCAUCAUUGGCAUUGCUGGCAGUUCGGGCUCGGGAAAGUCGACUUUGUCGCAUGCCAUUGUGAGGAAGCUGAAUCUGCCUUGGGUGGUGAUUUUGUCAAUGGACUCUUUCUAUAAUCCCUUGACUCCUGAGGAAUCCAAGAGGGCUUUUGAUAACGACUUUGACUUUGAUGCGCCUGAUGCCAUCGACUUCAAUAUUCUCGUGCAAUGUUUACGGGAUCUCAAGGCUGGUAAACGGGCUGAGGUUCCUGUUUACUCCUUUGCCAAGCAUCAACGACUAGAUCAAACCACAACCAUCUAUUCGCCUCACGUCAUUAUUCUGGAAGGCAUCUUUGCUCUUCACGAUCCCCGUAUCAUAGAUCUUUUGGACAUGAGGAUAUUCUGUGAAGCGGAUGCCGACACAUGUCUUUCCCGAAGAGUGUUGAGAGAUGUCAAGGAGCGCGCCCGAGAUGUUGAGGGAAUCAUGAAGCAGUGGUUCAAGUUUGUGAAGCCCAACUUCGAGAAGGUAACGGAGCUCAAAUCAGAGUCUCUCAUGUCUUUCGUUGAGCCUCAACGCAAAGUAGCAGCCAUGGUUGUUCAGUACAUCGAGCGAAAGUUGAUCGAAAAGUCAACUCACCACCGGGCAGCAUUAACACAGCUUGAGCUCGCUGCUGCCAGCGACCCUCUGUCUGACAGAGUUGUGAUCUUGGACCAGACACCACAACUCAGAGGCAUGUGUACGAUCAUCCAGGACAUCGACACGUCGGCAGAAGACUUCAUCUUCUACUUCGACCGCCUUGCCUGCCUUCUGAUUGAGCAGGCGCUCAACAAUGUACAGUUCAGAGAGAAGACAGUUUCCACGCCACAAGGUCAUAAGUAUAACGGACUUCAGCCUACUGGCGAUGUUAGUGCGGUGCUUGUUCUCCGAGGUGGUGCUGCCUUCGAGACUGCGUUGAAAAGAGUUGUCCCAGACAUGAGGACGGGUAGAGUCCUUAUUCAGUCCAACGUACGAACUGGAGAGCCCGAGCUGCAUUAUCUAAAGCUUCCGGACAACAUCGACGAACAUGAGUCGGUGUUACUGAUUGACACACAGAUGGCCAGCGGAGGUGCCGCACUCAUGGCUGUGCAGGUCCUUGUGGACCAUGGCGUUGCCCAGGAGAAGAUUGUACUGGCAUGCUAUGCCGCCGGAAGGCUUGGUGUUCACCGGCUUGCUAAGGUUUUCCCUGGCAUCACCAUCGUCCUUUGCAAUAUGCUUCCGGAUAUCGAGGAUCGCUGGGUUGAGAAGAAGUACUUCCGAUGCUAG